GCUGCCGUAGUUGUAACUCCGCCCAUCAGCCGGUGUUGUUUCUGUAUUGAAACAUGCUGGCUAGCAAUCAAGGUGACUUCUGUGCUUUUAACGCUAAUUAGUUAGAAAAAAACAAAUAGACUUUUAUUGAAGAAAGGUUAAAUGUGGAUGAAUGUGGCAGCCAGAAUGAAGCCGGUGAUCUGGAGGAUUCUGAGCGAGGCCCUCGCUGUGCGCUCCGGGAAUACGGUUGCUGAAGGGAAACACCUGCGCAGGUGUGGAAACAGCGCUGUAAUCUUCAGAAACCUGUCGCUGAGCUGCCAGCUGUGUGGAAAAACUCGAGAAAGUUCCAAGAGGAAAGAGCUCUCUGAAAAGAAGCUGACACGUUAUUUCGUGGACCAGCGCAGGGUGAAGUUCCAGGCCGGGUCGGGAGGAGACGGAGCCUGCAGCUUCCACAGUGAACCUCGCAAAGAGUGGGGUGGCCCGGACGGGGGCAACGGGGGUAACGGAGGCGACAUCAUCAUAAAGGUGAACAAGCAAAUAAAGUCGCUGUCUCUCAUAUCAGCUUCAUAUCAAGGAGAAGACGGAGAAUCUGGGAGGAGUAAGAACUGCUAUGGACGCAAUGCUGGCCCAAAAUACAUACCAGUGCCCAUAGGCACUGUGGUGAAGGAGCAGGGCAAAACAGUAGCCGAUCUUGCUCAUCACGGGCAGGAAUACGUGGCUGUUCACGGAGGAGGAGGAGGAAAAGGCAAUCGCUUCUUUCUUUCCAACGAAAACAGAGCACCAAUGACGGCCACAGCUGGAGAAAAAGGAGAGGAACGAGUGCUCCAGCUGGAACUGAGGACAAUGGCACAUGCUGGAUUGGUCGGGUUUCCUAAUGCAGGAAAGUCAUUGUUGCUGAGAGCGAUCUCUAACGCCCGUCCUGCUGUAGCAGCUUAUCCCUUCACCACGCUAAAGCCACACGUGGGCGUUGUUAAGUACAGAGACCACGAGCAACUAGCAGUGGCUGAUAUUCCUGGUAUAAUCCGCGGCGCUCACCUGAACCGUGGCCUCGGUUUGUCUUUCCUGCGUCACAUUGAGCGCUGUCGCUUCCUGCUCUUCGUGUUGGACAUGUCGUCCCCGGAGCCAUGGGAUGAGCUGCAGUGUCUGCGCUCUGAACUGGAUCAGUAUGAAGCCGGUCUCUCUCAGCGUCCUCAUGCCAUUGUGGCCAAUAAAAUGGACCUGAGCGGCACAAAGGAGAAACUGGAGGAGCUGAGGAGACGAGUGGAGCAGCGCAUCAUCCCUCUUUCCGCUCUUACUGGGAAUAACACAGAGGAGCUGAUCAUCCACCUGAGAGAGCUCUACGACGACCAUACGGGACAGACGAUCUUCAACUGGUCACAAGUUGCGGAAAGGAAGAAAACCAAACAUGGAGGACAAAGUGGUGGAAUGAAUAUAUGAAGAUUUACAACAUGUACUGAAAAUAUUUAAUUACCACUAUUCCGCAUUGCUGUAACUAAAAAUAACAGCGUGUUUAUUUUGGGGACUUUCACUGGUAUGCGAUACGACGACCCACUUUAACUGUGACUACAGUCAAGUCACGCAAGCAACUCAAAUUCUCUUGAUUUUCUGCGUCUGAAGCUACAGCAAAGACAAACAACCUCCUCGUCACCAGAGUUAAACCUCUCUAUAUUCACAUGAGGCCCCACCUCACAACUUACAGGACUUAAAGGAUCUGCUGCUAACAUCUUUGUGCCAGAUACCACAGCACACCUUCAGAGGUCUUGUUAAGUCCAUGCCUUGACGGGUCAGAGCUGUUUUGGCAGCACAAGGGGGACCUACACAAUAGUGGGCAGGUGGUUUUAAUUUUAUGGUUGAUCGGUGUAUACAUCCAUCCAUCCAUCCACCCCUUUUCUGUACCGCUUAUCCUACACGGAGUCGCAGGGAGCCAGGAAUGUAAAAUGAAUUUAUUUGUUGUUUAUUUGAUCUAUUUAUUAAAUGCAUUUCUGAAUAAAUAUGUUGUUGAAUGUUUAUUACCAUAGGUCGUGUCUGCGGUCUAGAUCACUAAGAUGUGUUGUGACCACUCAUGUCAUCAGCUUAGGACAGUUUGUCAGUCUUGGCAAAUACUUGAGCAUUUUAAUCUCAUCUCUGCCUCCGUUAUCUGUAGUUUACCACAGAUAGGAAUGUGAAACCUGAUAACAGAAUUGAAAACAUGCUUCCUUGAAUGUCACCUCUGUAUCAGUGUUGAUUAUUUUCCUAUAACUGCACACCCGCAAGAGUUUUAUUCCUUACUUACGAAGCAGUCACAAUACCUCCAAGGUGUACUCAGUGCAAUUCUCAUAAGCAACACUAGAUGGCAGUUUGGUUCAUUAAAAGGGUUAGUGUAAACAGACUGUCACUGGUUCAAAGGUCACUUUAAACUUUUAUUUGUAUGAAUAAAACCCUUUAUU